AUGUCUGGCUUCGAGGUUGCCGGUAUCGUGCUCGGCAGUAUACCGAUCGUGGUAUCUGCACUACAAUGCUACAUGAACGGACUCGGUACUUUGCAGAAUUUCCGAUCCUACAAACGAAUCCUCAAGAGCCUCAUCUUAACUCUCAAAACUGAGCAUGUCAAUCUCCAAAACAUAUGCGAGAAGCUUCUCACGGGAAUUGCUCCACAAACACGUAUCGAGGAGAUGAUCCGAGAUCCAUUCGGAGAUCUUUGGGGGGAAGAAGAGAUCUUCAAUAAGUUACGCCUGAGGCUCUGGUCAUCGUUGCAGGUAUUUGAUGACAGAGUGCAGGAUAUGAAGGAAUCUAUCGAGGAGAUGAUGGAGAAGCUCAAUGUUGGUACAGACGGAAAGGCUGAUUGGGCUGAAAGUUCGUCGCUAAGAAAGCAGUUCAAGCGGGCGACGUUUAUUCUACAGAAGUCCAACCAUGAGGAAGCCCUUACGAGAAUACGCGACGGUGUCUCUGCUCUUCAGCGCCUAGCAGUCCUCAACACGGACCUGGAGUCACAACGAAAGUCUCGAUCACAGGGAAGACUCAACAAGCUUGUCAACGGAAUGCUGAGCGGCAUAUAUGAUGCUCUGCGGUCAACAAUGACUUGUAAAUGCUCUGGCCUACACGAUGUUGGCUUGAGGCUGACACCGCCAUCGCGGACUGUUGUGCGUGAGGAUGAUGAUGAGGAUAUUAUCAAGGAGUUGCAGUUCCGUCUUGCAGUUUCGUACUUAGCGGGAUCUCAAGUCAAUACUUCAAAGCAAUGGAAUGAGAUUCUCUUGAAGAGCGGAGAGAACUCGAAGACGUCGAUGGUUUCUUUCACGGCACAAAGUACAUCCACUUCGAGGAAGACAGUUGGGUUUGCUGUCCCCUCAACUACCUCUUCGACAAACAGCCAGCAAUCACAGACAGACAAUAUCAGAGCCUGUUUGCUCCAAACACAUCAGCAAUCUCUGCGAAGCAAUGCAUACGAUGGGGAAGAGAAGGCAGGUUGUGAUGAAUGGUCUCUGGUACCACUAAAAGAAGUGCUUCAAGAUCCAGCGCUGCUUUACGGUGACAAGCUACGCCUGGCUUGGAUGAUUGCUAGUGGUGUCUUACAGAUGCAAGGCACACCUUGGGUUGCGGACAUUCCAAGAAGUGACGAUAUCUUCAUUGCUCAAAAGGGUGGUGUUCCUCGAUUCCGGCAUGUGUUUGUCCUCAGGCAAUUCCCAGAAUACCCCAGGGUCAACCCAGCAGCAUCACCAACCAACCCGUUCAUGCUUUAUCUCGGAAUCCUACUCACUGAGCUCAUUCUUGGGCAGUCAAUAGCAACUCUGGAUUCGCCCUGGACUCAAACAUUAGAGCCCGGGUUACCGAGACAUAUCCUUGACUACGAAGCAGCUAAUAAGCUCUUGGGAAGAGUCAUGAUGGCUGGUGGCCUCGGAUAUUACAACGCGGUUGAGCGAUGCCUACGAUCGGAUAUGCAGAUUGGUACAGCUGGAGAAUCGCAUUCCCAGGCCUUCUAUCAGACAUCACGCCCGAUCUGCCGAAACAUGCCUUGCUUCAUCUACAUCAACGGCUUUCCCGGCAUCGGGAAGCUCACAAUCGCGAACGAGCUCCAGCGAUUACUCCGCAGCUCAAAGGUCUACCACAAUCACCUCCUCAUCGAUCCCAUCGAUGCCCUUGUCGAGCGCUCGUCUCCAGGCUAUCAUGAUAUGCGAACGGGUCUACGGCGAUACGUGCUGAUCGAAAUCGCGACGUCGGAAUAUACCAAGGAUAUAACAUGGAUCUUUACGGAUGCGCGAGAGGCAAGCGCAGCGGGAGAGAUGGGGGCGAAGGACUACGAAGUUGCAGCGAGAAAGCGAGGCGUUUCGUUCAUAUCGAUCGUGCUAGAGUGCGAGAUUGGGGAGAACAUGAGGCGGGCGAUUGACCCAACGCGGGCUGCAAACAUCGGUGCGAAGCUUACGGACGAGACGAUAUUGAGGCCGAUUCUAGAGAACGAGACAAUCUAUCGCUUCGGAAAAGAGACUGAGUUGGUGCUAGAUGUCACGAAAUUGAGUUCCAAAGAAGCUGCUCUGAGGAUUAAGGAGCAUGUCGAUCGGUUGGCUGCACGUCCGUGA